CCCCUCCCCGGCGCGCCCAGCCCAGCCGGCAGCGCGGAGCGGAGCGGGCCGGCCUGGGGAUUCCUUCCCGGCGCCGCCGAGGUCGCCAUCUUCACCCCCGAGCUCGCCUCGGACGCUGCCGGCGGGGCUCCCGGGGAGCCGCCGGGAGCCUGCGCCGCGCCUGCCCGCUGCAUGUGACCGGCGGGCGGUAGCGGCCUCCUCCGCGGAUCUCGGCUGCGUCCUCCUCCGCCCCCGGCGCGGCGGGGAGGGGCGCGGGGCGCCCGGCGGCGGGAGACGGAGGUGCCGGGGCGCGGCGGGCACACAAAGGAGCGGGCGCCGCCGUGGGCAGCGGAGAACGUUCCAGGGGAACGUGAGGCCCUGUGACGUUUAACUCCGAAGCUGGAUAUGCAUUAAACUUUUUUCUUCACUCUUUAGAAUUGGGGAUAUCUUCACUGAAUAACUUGCUGCUUAAAGAAAGUAACAGAAGUUGGGAAAUUCAGGUUCACGUAACGCUAGGGACCAAAGAAGCAUAUGUAAUAUUUCUCUGGUGCUGGGACCAACCUUCUGGAAGAAGACUCUAAAAUAACUUUUUGCCUUCAAGUUCUUUGUCCUGGGACUGACUUGUCUUUGGAGAAGAGCUCAACAGAAAAGAAUAUUUUUAACGUUGGAGCCAUUAAAAAUAAACCUGUUCGAAGAACUUACUACCUGCAGACUUACAAAGGUCCUGCUUUUCAUCCGUGUUCCCACUUCAGACUGUAAACAAUGAGUGAAUUCUGGUUGUGUUUCAACUGCUGUAUUGCAGAACAGCCUCAGCCUAAAAGACGGCGGCGGAUUGAUCGAAGCAUGAUUGGGGAGCCGACAAACUUCGUUCACACAGCUCAUGUAGGAUCUGGAGACCUAUUCAGUGGAAUGAAUUCAGUCAGCUCAAUUCAGAAUCAGAUGCAAUCCAAGGGAGGCUAUGGAGGUGGUAUAUCUGCAAAUGUUCAAAUGCAGCUUGUGGAUACAAAGGCAGGAUAACCUUGGGGAUACCUUUCCUGUUUAUGUGAGUUCCUGUAUCUUUCCUGUGUCCUUCCUUUUGCCUUGGUGACUGCUUUCUGUGCUCAUGACAAGAGAAGUGAUGGCUCAUUGUUCACCCUUCGUGAUUAGUCCAGUGAAAAGUUGCUGUUCUGCUCUGAUGAUGCCAUUUAUCAGAUUGGUCCGACUGUGCCUUUCAGUGGCAUGCACACAUUGGCCUCUACUAGUGUCAUGGAUGUAGAGCUGUUUAGGUUUGGUUGUCACUUUUUCACUUGUUUUAAGGCAAAUUAAAGCACUGACUGUAGCUUUCCUCAUUCCUCAGAAAUACUAAUGCACAACAUUCUGUUGCUUUUUAGUCUUUCAAUCAUUUCUCCACUCAAGUAUUUUAGAAAUUAAUGAGUUUCCACUAAUGUCUUCAAUCACCUAAUGUUCACCCAAUUUUUGAAAGGUCUGAGACCUGCAAGCACAAAUAAUUAUUUCACACAAAAUCAGCAGAGUAGAUGACCGCAUGCUUUGUGAGGUUGCUUUUUAUGGUGGCCUGCUUGGUGCUAAAAGAAAAAAAAAUUGCUUACUGCAGAUGUGAAAAGUUUUGCUGUGGCACCAAGUCAUGCCUGUUUCUGAAAAAGGACUUGUAACUUAGCUGCUUCAGAGUUAUGUCUUUAUUUUAGUUUUUUUCCAAUUGGUCUUGAAAUAAUAAAGAGAGAGCUUGCAUUCAUGAGGCAUUUGUUGUAAAUGUUCAGUAUAUUUAUUUUGAAAGAGCUGACCUUGAGACUGUAAACCAGUGUAGUACCGUAUCUAAUAAGUGUUGUGGAAUCGCUUUAGUCUAUUUAAACAGAAGAGCAACAUGUUUGGCUGCUUCUUUUUCUUUCUACAAUUUUCUUUAAUUUCAACCUGUACAGUAAUUUCCAGUAGCAGCAUGUCAGACUGCUUGCAAUAUUGGCUGAAAAGUUUAAUAGACCUUUCUGAGUAGUUGGCAGUUUCUGUGUACUAAAUAUUUAGGGGCCAUGGAAGUUGCUAAGAGCGACAUACUAAUCUGGCAGAACAGGUGCCAAUGAAAACAACAUACAGGGUGACUUUUUACUAAGUCAGUAAAAUGCCUUUUGCUCAGGUUCCAAAGCAUGUUUCUUUCACAUGUGGUGAAACUGCAUUUUAAUAUUGCACUGUUUUCAGAUUAUCUCUAUAAAUGGUCCCUUUUUUUGCUUCUUGCAGGUGGUUUUAGAGAAGUCAAUUAUUUGAGGCCUGGUUACAUUAAAUUUUUAUGUGGGGGAAAAAACUCAAACCAUCCAAACAAAUAAGGCAUAACUGAGCCUAAUCAAAUCCAUGCAAAUAUGCAUGUAGACUGUUGUCAUAAAUGAUUCUUUAUUCUAUUUCUAUCCUUUCCCUGAUUACACAUUGCAACAGAUGUCUGGUGAUUUAUGAAUCCACCUAAUCUUCUCUGUCUGUUUGUAAACAACACAUAAAAUACACAGCCAUGGAGGUAGUUUGCCUUCCCUAGGUUGUAUUUGAGUGGUAGAUGUCACUUAUCUGGUUAAAUAGUUCAAAUUAGGUUGGAUAGUAUUCACUGAUAAAGAUACUGAUUUCUGAUGAGAUGCUCAAUUGUCUGGAUGCAUAAACACAUGGCAGUGCAGUGAUACAUAUUUUUUUUAGGGAUUAGCAUUUCCAAUGCCACUUUAACAAUGACUCUUAAAUAUACUACAAAACCAUUACAAAAUUAUUUGAUCUUUGUUAUUGGUAAUAGCAGCUUAAAUUUGCUUGCCAAACCUAUCUUGCACUUGCCAAAAUGUUUUCAGCUCAAUAGCCAGGAAAAAAAUUGACAUAUUUUUAUAACAGACAUACUUUUUUUGUACAUUGUGUUCAUUCUUGAAUAAAGUCAGUUCAGUGUUGGCUUGUAGAUAUUAAAAGGAAAGUAUUGACUUUGAUUCAAUAAAUGUUUUCUUUCAG